GUUUGAUUCUUCUCUUUUUUCGUGUUCCAUUUUCACGAUUCAGACAAAACUUAAGUUUUUUUUCUCCGCCGGAAAUUUCACCAAGGCGAUCUCUUUUCAUCAUUGUUUUGACUGCUGCCCCCUCUAUCGUUUCCUAAUCUCUUUUUCAAUUCAAUAUUUUAUAUUUUCUGGGUCUGAGAAUCCGACAUCUGGAGAUGGCAACACUUGCAUCGAACAUUGUCUUCAUCGGAAAAGUAGAGAGGAGGAGGAGGUUGAAGAUAGAUUGCAGAAAGAAAGAGAAAGGAAGAGAUCAAAGCAUUUCUCCUUAUAAAGUCAUUGAAAUUACUCCUCCCCCUAAGUCUCUCGGCGUUCGCUGCCUUCCUCACAAUCUUCAGUGCGGAGAGAACGUGAUGAUCGAAGGUCAAACGUACACAAUCUCGGCGGUGACUCAUCGGUAUCAGCUGCGUAAAGGUAAGUACGAGCCUAGUGAAAGACGCCUUGAUGUUCUCUCCGCUGCUAGAUACGUCUUAAACCUUUAUUUCGACAAUCUGCUCCAAAAUUCUUGACCUCCCUUUUUCUUAGAAUUCCUUGUCCCACAACAUUAAUGUAAUAAAGAACCUGUACGAUGAUGAUGGAUACUUGUCAUAAUGAAUGAUAGAAUGUAUUGUUCAUGCUA